AAUCCUUUAAAACUUUUAUGGCGACUAUAUCGCAAUUGCUUCCAUCGUCGCUGAUUAAUUCGCCUGAAAAAAUCAACCAAAUGAUCGGUGUUUAUUUUUUCUCACAAUGACGGAUCUAAUAAAACCGGAAAAUGGAACGCAAGUGCAUAAUACGGAAGUCAACCGGAAAUACUAAAUUAUGCAACAGGUUUAAUAAUCAGCUUAUAUUAUAUAUUAUAGCUAUUAGAGAUGGAUAUAGAGGCGCUGCGCAUGCCGGUAAUGCAGAAACCUGCUAAGGAACUAUAACACAAAUUUUGAGAAACUUACCAAUAUGACCCCUGACAGAUCGGAAAUAAGUUUAGAUGCGGCAUUCUUGCCUCGUUAAAUAUGUUAGGAAAACGAGUUUGUGGAAAUCGCUGUUAAGAAAGAAAAUGGCGCAAAUUCAGAAUGGACAGGUUUGCAAGCUCGAUAUGUUUAAAAGUAAAAAGGAUCAUUAGACCCCCGUUACGGUUGCUGGUACAGAAAUUUCAUACCGAUACUUUAACAAUCGACGACGUGCCAUCUCCGAAAAAGUUACCGUUAAUUGGAAAAUGGGUCAAUUUACCAUUAGUAUUGGCGGGUUCGAUGCCGAAGCUGCAUUGGUACAUCGACAAAAGACACAAACAGUUGGGACCAAUUUUUAAAGACCAAAUUGGACCGGUAAAUUGUGUGUUUGUUUCGGAUCCUGAAGGAAUUAGAUCCGUAUUUGCCCAGGAAGGAAAAUAUCCGAUACACAUUCUACCGGAAGCGUGGUUAACUUAUAAUCGGAUUUACAACAUCAAAAGGGGAAUUUUUUUUAUGAACGGCGACGAGUGGCUCCACUUUCGAAAAAUACUCAACAAUCUCCUUUUAAAAGGUGAUACCCACUGGAUGGAAGAGUGCUGUCAAGUUGUGACGCAUAACUUGAUAGGAAAAAUUCGCGAAAAUUCCGGAGAUAAGUUCUAUUACCUCAAACUCGAAGGAGAUCUCUAUCGAUCAUCUCUGGAAACCAUAUUGGCAGUUCUUCUCGGUCCGAAGCGAUACUUGGAAAUGAGAGAAUUAAUCGAGGAUAGCGUGAAAGAACUCACGUCUACCAUACAUUUGGUUUUCGAAACGAGUUCUAAAUUAGCCUUGGUUCCUUCAGAAUUUGCCGCUAAGUGGCGGAUAUCGAGGUGGAAAAAGUUCGAAUCGGCUAUAUCCAAGGUACUGGCGUCAGCUAGCAAGCUGGUUGUUAUACUUUAUGAGCUUCUUGGCCCUGACGAUGACGGAUUGCUAGUUAAAAUGAGGUCUAAUAUGGCCGUUGAGGACGUAACAAAAAUUGUCACCGAUCUGAUUCUAGCAGCUGGAGAUACGACGGUGUAUUCAAUAGAGUGGAUGUUGUAUCUUCUGGGCAGGAAUAGAACCGUUCAAGAGAGAUUGAGAGGAGAGCUGGCGAAUGAAAAGGGUACACAUAUUACUUCGAAUGUACUGCUCAAAAAUACUAUUAAAGAAUGCCUUCGACUAUAUCCAGUGGCGCCGUUUUUGACCCGGGUUCUUCCCACAAAGUCGAACGUUAUGGGUUACGACCUUCCGCCGAAUACGGUGCUAAUAAUAUCGGUAUUCAGCACUGGGCGCGAGGAGAAUUAUUUUCCAAAUGCGAAUGAGUUCCAUCCGGAUCGGUGGAAUAACAGAAAUGGUCGAGGUACUAUAGUCCAAAAUGCCAAUUUGCCGUUCGCUUUGGGUGUAAGGUCGUGCAUGGGAAAAAGACUCGCCAUAACUCAACUCCAGCUAACGCUGGCGGAAAUAGUCAAAAAUUUUGAUUUUACUAUUAAAAACUCAAAAGAAAUCGCAGUCGACCUGAAAAUGGUUCUUGUUCCCUCAGAAGCUAUUCAAUUACAAUUUCGUAGUCUCGAUUAAAUUUGUACCUGCUUUGUUUCUGUUAAUUUUUACACGUUGAUAUAAAGCAUUUU